AGAUUUCUCGCUUUGCAUACAUCACAAAGUUAUCUAGUUAAAACUUCUAAGAAAUAUAUAGAAUUUUAAUUGUGUCAAUUGCCUUCCAAUCAAGUCAAUUAAUAAAACAACCGACUCUUUACUACUGUCGGUCCUGUUGAAAAAGUUUGUUUCUGUUCAAAAGGUUUACCAUCACACUUGUGAUUAAAUUCCUCAGAUAUAGAUUGAAUCAAAUUGUUUAAAACAAAGACACAAUGGAAUUGCAGUAUAAAGUACAGAAUUAUGAUUGGGGUAAACUGGGCCCCGAUAGUACAGUAGCAAAAUUUUUGUCCAGUGCUGACCCAAAUGCCACAAUAGACCCAGAAAAGCCCUAUGCCGAGUUGUGGAUGGGUACACAUCCUAAUGGCCCAUCUCUUAUCUUAGAAAGAAAUGUGUUGUUGUCGGAGUAUAUUAAAGAUAACCUGGAUGCUAUCGGGCCGGCAGUGAAGAGGAGGUUUGGAGUAGCCGUGCCCUUUCUGUUCAAAGUCUUGUCAAUCCGCAAAGCCUUGUCUGUGCAGGCUCACCCAAACAAGGAACAAGCAGAAGAUCUCCACAGAAACUUCCCAGAUCUCUAUAAAGACCCCAACCACAAGCCUGAGCUGGCCAUCGCACUGACGUCAUUUGAAGCUCUCUGUGGGUUCCGGCCUUUAGAGGAGAUUCAAAACCAUCUCAGAAAAUUGCCGGAGCUGACUAGGAUAUUAUCAGAAGAAAGUGUGAACACCUUCCUCGCUCACAAGGAAUCUGGGGAAAGCGGCGUUGCUCUGAGGCAAGUGUUCAGCUCCUUGAUGACGAGUGACAAGGCAGCUGUAGCUGCCAGUUUGCAGAGUUUGCUGGAUAGGUUAGAGAAGGAAGAAUCAACCCAAUCAUCUCUCCUGUACCCGCUGGUUCGGCGCCUGCACACCGAGUUUCCGGGCGACGUGGGUUGCUACGCGCCGUAUUUCAUGAACUACCUGCAAUUGCGGCCCGGCCAGGCCAUAUUCCUGAACGCUAACUUGCCCCAUGCCUACAUCAGCGGAGAUUGCAUAGAAUGCAUGGCAUGCUCCGACAACGUGAUUCGCGCGGGCCUAACGCCCAAGCUGAUGGACGUGCCACGCCUGCUGGAGAUGCUGGACUACAGCAGUUACACGCCCGACCACCUGCUGUUCAGCCCGCAGCUGGAGGACGGCAACAGCUGCAUAUGGCGCCCGCCCGUGCCGGACUUUGCCGUCGUUAAGAUUAGGGUUGAGAGCGGAGACAGCUACAACACCGCCAUCCGCGCCAGCCCUAGCCUGCUAAUAGUAACCUCAGGUACCGGGUCUGCCUGCGACACGGAGCCGGUACGAGCACGGCCCGGCGUCGUAUUGUUCCUUAAGGCCAGUCGUCAACUCACACUCACACCUGAUGCUGGGAGCCAUUUGGAGCUAUACCAGGCCAUAUGCAACGUUUAAGAAGUAUA